GUAAUCAAUAGUUCAAUGACAAACUUGUACUCGGUCCUCUUCUCUGUCUCUUUCAAUUGCUCAUCAUAUACUCUUGGAAUGAUCAUGGAGAAGAAAGGCUUUUUCAGGCUCUUGGUUUUCCUUCUGGGUCUUUUCUAUCUUGUCCUCGCUGUUGCUGUUCCAGCAACCAGAAUCAGCAAAGCUAGAGGAAUAGAUUCACCAGUGCCCCAUCUUACCAAGAGGACUGAGGUUGAGUUUGAGGAGGAAGGAAAUGGUGGGGAUGAGGGAAGAAUGAUGAUGACAAUGAUAGACUAUGCUGGGGCAAAAGCGAACCCAGCUCACGAUCCAAAAUCCCCAGGAAAACCAUAACCUCUUUGGUUUGGGAGGGAUUAGUUAUGGACUAUGGUUAAUCGAGCGCAGAUCACUGGGACGACUUCCAGGGUCAACAUAAUAUAUAGUCGUCGGUUUGAUGUGUGUUCAGUAUGUUCUUCUGCUAUCUAGCUAGUUAUAUAAUCUGAUGAUUUCUUUUUUCCGUAUGAUAUUUAACCUAUACAAGACAAUAUAUGUGUCGAUCAGUUGUUCUGGCUUUGUAUGUGAGAUAUUGUACCUGAUCCUUAUGCAUAAUGAUAGCUAGCUAGCUAUGGUGGCGUUUUUCUCUAGUAAUCAAUAAAGAGACAGAUAUAUGCUAA